AUGUCACAAUAUCGGGAUAAAGUCCGGAGAGAUAAGGCGAACCCAAGCCCGAUCGCACACGCAUACAACAAAAUCGAAACAAGUUUUAUAUCGUAUCAAGAUUACAUCGAUAUACACCUGAAAGGCCGCCACCACUGCGUUGCUGCCGAAAAGUAUUCAUUCUCCGUAACACUUCCCGACAGUGGUCAUCGGCGGAACGCAGUCUCCGACCAAGUGUACAAUGUCCCCAGCCAUGGAGUAGAACAAUUGAAUCGGCCAGGACUGUCGCCCGGAGGUCCGAGGGAGGACAACCAUGCAACAACACUAGGAACAACAACAGCGGCUGCGACCAGGCCAACGUGGUGGUGA